UGGCUUACCACUGUCUCAGGAGGACCAAGCACACCGGUGAGAGGCCGAACUCUCUUGCCCGCACAACGGCGCGCGACGGCGAACCUCUCGGGAAAAAAAAGGCGACGCGACGGCGCUGGAGCCGGCGGCCACUCCACACCCCAAAACGCGCUGACGGGAACGAGCGGAUCAAGACCAGGUGCACCGGUGGUGCCCUCUGCUUCGCGACGGUCUUCACCGGUGCCGUCGGGAUCGCGCCCUCUGCAGCCGACUUGUUUUGCACUUAUGGCAGCCUGGACGCAUAGGAUCAAGUAAAUCAUGCGGGCAAAGCUUUGGAUGGGAUUUGCUCCCUUCCUUUCAAAGCGUUACAUCUCCACCUGCGGGACAUCGUCGCUACCUCCAUCUUCAUCGAGCUUGGUAAUACAACCAUGGCUUUUUAUUGGUCUCGGUAACCCCGGUGAGAAGUACCAAUCCACCAGACACAAUGUUGGAUUUGAUAUGAUAGAUGCAUUUGCAGUGUCUCAGGGCAUAUCCCUGACAACGCAUCAUUUCAAAGCACUAUUUGGUGAAGGGGUGGUAGAUGGUGUCCCUGUUUUGCUUGCCAAGCCUCAAACAUACAUAAAUCUGAGUGGUGAAUCUGCUGGUGCAUUUGCUGCCUAUUAUAAACUGCCACUUCACCGUGUCAUAGUGGCAUAUGAUGACACGGACCUGCCAUGUGGAGUUCUCCGUUUACAACCUAAAGGAGGAUAUGGACGUCACAAUGGGUUGAAGAGUGUGAUCUACCAUUUUCGCAAGAACCGGGAAUUUGGUCGAUUAAGGAUUGGAAUUGGACGACCUCCUGGUCAGAUGGAUCCCAAAGCUUUUGUGCUUCAGAAAUUCAAUAAGACUGGUCGGGAACGGAUUGAUUCGGCCAUAAAAGAGGGUUGUGACAUUCUGAAGAUGGUGGUGACCAAGGGUUUGACGGAGGCGGCGAGAGCGUCAAAUGUGGAUCAGAAGUACAAGCAUCUGGUCUCACAUGACCAGCAGUCGUAACUCAAAGAUGGCUACAAACCGCUUGGGCCUGGAGAAAUAUUGUACUGCAUAUGAUUUUUGUAAGCUCUGACGUGCUUGUGCAGUUUUAACCGCGUGGUAAAAGAUGUGUAAAAUCAACUGCUGACUCUCCAUCUCGUUGUAAAAUCCUGCUUUCUCCUG